UUAUCAACAGAAAAACAGUAUCAUAUUUUGCUUAGAUUGCACCCGAACUUAAACUAUUUGAUUCCAUUUUGUUUAAAGAUUGAUGGGAAAUAAUGGGUUUGAUUCCGAUUUUGCUCUUCUUGAAUCUAUUCGCCGUCAUCUGUUAGAUGAUUCCGCCAUGAAUUCCGACAGUGGAGCUCCACCGAUGUAUUGCCGGACUAACACCUUGCUUCCUUGCUUUUCCGACACCUGGGGUGAAUUACCCUUGAAACAGAAUGAUUCUGACGACAUGUUAAUAGCUCGGUUUCUUCACGAAGCGUUGGAUUUUGAAUGCCUCCCGUCGCCGGCAAUGACAAUGGUACCUAUUACAGCCACUGUUAAGUCGGAGCCUGAGAAUUUUGUGGGAUCGCCGGUGAUGUCCAGUUAUCAAGCGGAAUCGCCGCCGGAGACUGCGGGAGUGGAUGGUGUGAACCAGCAGAGAGGGAAACAUUACAGAGGUGUGCGGCGACGGCCAUGGGGUAAGUUCGCGGCGGAGAUUCGGGAUCCGGCGAAGAACGGUGCUCGGGUGUGGCUGGGGACAUAUGAGACGGCGGAGGACGCGGCGUUUGCUUAUGACAGGGCAGCAUAUAGGAUGCGUGGUUCUCGUGCUUUACUAAAUUUCCCACUCCGAAUUAAUUCCGGCGAGCCGGAGCCAGUAAGGAUAACCUCAAAACGGAAGGCAACAUCGCCGGCAAGCUCAUCGGAAGAUGGAUCGCCAAACAGGACAAAGAAGGUGGCAACAGAUCUACGUGGCAGAUAGUUAGCGGUUGGUUGUUGCUGACUAGGACUGUUGUUCAAUUUUUGUUUAGUUUUUUUUUUUUUUUUUGGUCGCGUGUAAAUGGCUGUGUUUUGUGCGUAAAUGAUAAAUUUAUUCUUUCAUUAAUAAUUAAUUAUUGGAACUCCAAUUAUUAACGAAAA